AUGAGUUACGGCACCAAAGGAUCCUCGAGGGGCAGUGGUGGUAGAGUUAGCAUAGGUGGUGGCAGCGGUGGCAUAAGCAGUGGAACUUGCAUUGGUAGUGGUGGCAAGAGUGGUGGAAGCAUCGGUGGUGGAGGUUUGAGCGGCGGAACUUGCGUUGGUGGUGGAAGCAUUGGUGGUGGAGGUCUGAGCGGCGGAACUUGCGUUGGUGGUGGAGGCAUCAGCAGUGGAGGUGGUGGAAGUAUCAAAGUUAGAGGCUCAUCUUCAGGAUCCUCAAGAGGAUAUUCUGGAAGAAGCUUCGGUGGAGGUUCCAGGACUUAUGGUGGAGGGGGUGGAUUCAGCAGUGGCAGCUGUGGAAGAAUAAGCAGAGGGAGAAUCUCCUAUGGCGGCAGCUAUGGGGGUGGAAGCAGCUAUGGCGGUGGAGCUAGCUAUGGAGGUGGAGCUGGCUAUGGCGGUGGAGCUGGCUAUGGUGGUGGACUAGGUUAUGGCGGCGGAAUGGGCUAUGGUGGUGGUGGUUAUGGCAUGGGUGGUGGUGGCAUCGGCGGUGGCUUUGGUGGUGGCAGCAUGGGUGGCGGUGGAUUCAGCAGUGGUAGUUUUGGCAGAGGUGGCUUCGGUGACAGUGGCCUCCUCUCCAACAAUGAAAAGUCAACCAUGCAGAACCUUAAUGACCGCCUGGCCUCUUACAUGGACAAGGUAAAAGGCCUGGAAGAAGAAAACAACCAGCUGGAGAUCUUAAUCAGAGACUGGUACCAGAAGCAUGGACAAACUGAAGGGCCAAGGGACUACAGCGGCUACUAUCAACAAAUUGAUCAGCUCUACAAUGAGCUUUGUGCUGAAACCAACGAUUACAAUAAACUCCUGCUGAAUAUUGAUAACACCAGGAUGACUGCUGAUGAUUUUAAGCUAAAGUACCAAACCGAAAGUGGUCUCCGUCAGAAUGUGGAGGCUGAUAUCAAUGGACUGCGCCCUCUCUUGGAUCAGCUGACUCUCAGCAAGUCUGAUCUGGAGAUGCAGUUUGAGUCUCUUAGAGAAGAACUGAUCUGCCUCAAGAAGAACCACGAGGAGGCCCUGAGAGGACUGCAACACCAGUCCGGUGGUGAUGUCAGUGUGGAGGUGAACGCUGCUCCUGGCAUGGAUCUGAAGCAACGUCUUGAUCAGCUCAGGUGUGAAUAUGAAAACAUCAUUGACCAGAACCGCAGAGAGGUGGAAAGCUGGUAUGAAACCAAGAUGGAGGAGGUCCGCCAACAGGUCACUUCAAGUGGCCAGGAGGUCGAUUCCACCACCCAGCAAGUUUCAGACUUGAGACGGGAGUUUCAGACACUGGAGAUCGAGCUGCAAUCCCAGCUCAGCAUGAUCCAGUCUUUGCAAAACAGUCUGGAAGACACAGAACGCCGGUACAAUCUGCAGCUGCAACAGAUUCAGACCCUGAUUGAGCCAGUGGAAGGAGAACUGGCCAGUAUUCGGUGCGAAAUCGAGAACCAGAACCAGGAGUACCAAAUGCUCCUAGGCAUCAAGACACGCUUGGAACAGGAAAUCGCUCAGUACCGCCGACUACUCGAGGAAGGACAGCAAGAAAUCGGAUCUGUCGGAGGAGGAUAUGGAGGAGGAUACGGAGGUAGCAUGGGAGGAGGAAGCAUCGGAGGUGGCGGCAGAAUCGGCGGAGGAGGCAUCAGUGGAGGAAGCAUGGGAGGAGGAAGCAUCGGAGGAGGAAGCAUCGGAGGAGGCCGAAUCGGAGGAGGAAGCAUCAGCGGAGGAGGCAUGAGCGGAGGCAUGAGCAGUGGCGGCAUGAGCGGAGGAGGCAUGAGCAGAGGCAUGAGUGGAGGCUCAUGCAGCCCAAUUGGCGGAGGUAGCCAAAUCGGCGGAGGAAGCAUGAGCGGAGGAGGCAUGAGUGGAGGAAUGUCAAGCGGUCACAUCGGAGGAGGCGGUGGCAUUAGUUCUUCACGGUCUCACUCCAGUUCACAUUCCUCAGGACACGGAAGGAAAUCCAUGGAUUAACCAGUUGCCGUAUGAAGACGCUCUGACCCCAAACUCUACAAAUAGUUCUGCUGAUAAAGAAAGAGUGCCGUCGCUGAUGUUCUCUGCAACACAAACCCACAAAAUAGACAGGAUUCCCUUGUCCAGCUACCUGACUUCGCCAUCUCUUCACAGAAGUCUAUCGCAGUAGCUCCCCUAAUUCCCCAUCCUGCUAGUUUCUUCCGUUCUUUAAUGCUCUUUCUAGCAGAACAUCUUCUCGCUUUACUUUUUUACCUAGAAUGGCUGACCGCUCAGCCUUCUAAUGUUGAUGAGGGUUGUCUAAUAAAGCUCUGUUACUGCUUGAUGCAAUCAGAAAA